AUGGCCCCGAGAAGGAGGGGGACAGACAUGCAAGUCAACGUUGGCCACAACGCUGCGAAUGACCUGCUGCUGGCCCUGCAACUGCUGCUCGACAUGACUGCAAGCAACCAUGGAGAAGCGCGGCAUGCCCAUGGCAUUGCUUUGAUUCGGGACGGUGGAGCGGCGGCAGACCACACGGGGCACCCAUCAGUCAGCACUCGCUUCGGACUGGGGACACGGCAGUCCGUCAUGCUCCAUUUGUACGACAGGGAAAACGCCUCGUUAGACCGACCACACCGCACUGCUAUUGUCACAAUCCGACAAGCAUCAUCUACAAGGACCUCGCUGCGGCAUGCCGUCAAAGUCGAGGACUUCACCGGCCCGACCAGCUUUACUUCUUCUCAGCUCACGCUUUCCAGGCCCCCGUGCCUCCCUCCUCCUGGCCGCGCCGCCCAAUCUCCAAGAAACUCAAGCCACCCAUUGACCCAAGCUGCUCCAUACUUCCCUUCGUUGAUGGUCAGGGACAUCGGACCCUCCGGCGCGAAGGUAUGGCGCUUCUCGACCAUAUCACCGACCGUCAAUCUACUUGUUGCCUAUACGUAG